AUGACCUUUGACCUGAGGUCGUUAGAUAUGACCUUUGACCUGGAGUCAUUAGAUAUGACCUUUGACCUGGAGUCAUUAGAUAUGACCUUUUACCUGAGGUCGUUAGAUAUGACCUUUGACCUGGAGUCAUUAGAUAUGACCUUUUACCUGAGGUCGUUAGAUAUGACCUUUGACCUGGAGUCAUUAGAUAUGACCUUUGACCUGAGGUCAUUAGAUAUGACCUUUGACCUGGAGUCAUCAGAUAUGACAUUUGACCUGGAGUCAUUAGAUAUGACCUUUGACCUGGAGUCAUCAGAUAUGACCUUUGACCUGGAGUCAUUACAUCUGACCUUUGACCUGAAGUCAUUAGAUAUGACCUUUGACCUGGAGUCAUCACAUCUGAUCUUUGACCUGGAGUCAUCACAUCUGACCUUUGACCUGGAGUCAUUAGAUAUGACCUUUGACCUGGAGUCAUCACAUCUGAUCUUUGAGCUGGAGUCAUCACAUCUGACCUUUGAGCUGGAGUCAUUAGAUAUGACCUUUGACCUGGAGUCAUCACAUCUGACCAUUGACCUGGAGUCAUCACAUCUGACCUUUGACCUGAGGUCAUUAGAUAUGACCUUUGACCUGGAGUCAUCACAUCUGACCUUUGACCUGGAGUCAUUAGAUAUGACCUUUGACCUGGAGUCAUCACAUCUGACCUUUGACCUG